CUUUCUUCUUGUCCCAUUUUGAUCAUGUUACCCUCUGCUUACUGGACCACCGGUGCUGCAGCAUGGCUACCAGCAUUAGUGGCACUCCCAUCCCAAUCUCAUCUCUCCCUCUACAUGACCGGGUAGCUAUAAUCACCGGUGCGUCCCGUGGCAUCGGCCGAGCGAUAGCUCUCCAUCUGGCUUCCCUUGGAGCCAAACUAGUCAUCAAUUACACGUCCAACAAGGUCCAAGCAGAUCUUGUGACGGCAGAGAUUAAUUCUUUUUUUCCUGGUAACACCCCACGAGCCUUGACAGUCCAAGCCGAUGUCUCCGAUCCUAGCCAGGUCAAGUCCCUCUUCGACAUAGCUGAACAGUUCUUUAACUCCCAGCCCUACAUCUUGGUCAACUCAGCAGGUGUUAGCAACGAUAAGGGUAUCUCCGUAGCCGACACUCCAGUGGAAGAGUUCGAUGAAUAUUUCAGUGUAAACACAAGGGGGGCUUUCUUAUGCGCCAAGGAAGCAGCAAACAGACUGAAACGCGGCGGCGGAGGGCGAAUUAUACUUCUAUCAUCAUCGAUCGUGGCGUCGCUGAGGCCGGGAUGCGCGGCGUACGCAGCAUCAAAGGCAGCAAUAGAUGCAAUGGUGAAGAUACUGGCAAAGGAGCUCAAGGGAACUGGCAUUACCGCAAACUGUGUUUCACCGGGGCCGAUUGCAACAGAUAUGUACUUCGCAGGUAAGACAGAGGAAAUGGUGCAGAGAGCAAUCGAUGAGUGCCCACACGGCCGGCUUGGCCAGGGCCAGGAUGUUGCCCCCGUUGUUGGGUUCUUGGCCACUGAUGCUAGCGAAUGGGUUAAUGGUCAGGUCAUUCCUGUCAAUGGUGGCUAUAUCUGAUGCUUACAUAAAAUGUGCCAUGUAUGUUAAUUUUAAAGCAUAUCAGAAAAGAAAAAAUAUGGGAUAAGCAGGACAAGAUUGAAAUUCGCUCGUACUUAUUCCAUAUUA